AUGGAUGUUCAAGCUAUUGUAAAUGCAAUAUAUAGCUAUGAUAAUCCAAUCAUGCAAAUGCAUACACAACCGGUUAGAAAACACCGUUUUCGUUAUUGUACGGAUGGAAUUCGUUAUUUAGAACAAUCUCGUCGCAAUCCAAUGUGUAUUAAAGUUUUACCUAUAUUAAGCGGAUGUCUAACAAAAGCAGAACAAUCAUUUUGGCUUGAACUUACAAUGAUCACUACACAACAAAAUCUACAACGAAAAAGAUUUCUUCAUCCAUAUGAAAUGAUUAAUAAUGAAGAAAAUGUACAACAAAAUGGUUUAGGAUCAUUUCGUGUUCAAUUAAGAGAUGAAGAUAUUCGUCGACGAAAAAAAACAUUUCGACAUUUAUCCAUAAUUAAAACAAGACUUAAUGAUUAUACAUUUCAAUUAAUUCCGUUCGAUCCUUUGAUGGAAGAUAAUCAUGUCGAAUCUUAUACACUGCUAAAUGAAGAACAUAUGACAAAAGUACAAAAAGCAAAACUCUUUGAUCGAGAGUAUCAUACAAAUAAUUAUCAAAUUGUUUCUCAAUUAAUUAUAAAGCAAAAGGAUAAAUGGUACAUGACGCCUAUUCAUUGUGAAACACAUGUGAUUACAGACGUUUGA